AUGCAGAAGCCUUGUAAAUCUUGUUCAAUGAAUGAUUACUUCUGCCAAAACAAUCUCAAGGUAGUCGAGGACCAUCGUUGCAGCUAUUUGAAAGACUACAACGGCUAUCUUCGUAAAUCGUCGUUGCUGCCGAUCAAAGCCCCUGGAAAUCUAUGCGGCACGGAAUUUUCGUGGGCAUCAGGAAACGACGAUUGUAAAAAGUCCAAAAUAGAUAUUGGAGGGAAGGUUUUCCUCGAGGGACCACUUGCAUUUUCUGCAGAGCUGCUUGAUUCCUGCGGUACUCCUCCGUUUCAGUGGACAUUAUUUUCCGAAGACGAACAGAAGGUAAUUGCUAAUAAGACGACGGACAAGUUUGUGUACAAAGACCUCCCUUUUGGCAAAUACACUAUCCACGUGAGCGACGAGUUAUCCAAAAACACCGAAUCUUUCACAGUUUUGCAAAAAAUCUCGAACGCGCUACUCUACUGUCCUCGAUUUACAAAAGUCGGAUUUAUCAACGAGCUAAAUGUUCAUGUAUCGGAUGAAAAUGGUCACUGGUUGGAUUUUCAUGGACUCGAUCAGAUUAGUGGCCCUGUUUCCUUCACAUGGUCAGGAGAUGGAUUCAGAAACAAUGAAGGCUUUUCUGAGCAGAACACUCCUUUUAUUAAUGUAACUUUUCCUAAUCGCUACUCUGCGGAUCUGCAAUUAGACGUCCAAGUAAGCGUAAGGUCGACUUUGGGGACGACGACGAGUCAGUGUCGAAUGAAAACUUCUCCUGAUCUUCAGAUGAUUCAGGUGCAUUUUCAAAGCUCGAUAGUUUCUCCCGCUCACGAUCAAGAGUACCAAGCAAUCAAAGAAUACAUCAAAACGUUGCUGCUGACGAAAAUGCUUGAGGAUGACAAGGUCGACGAGCUCGUCAAUAAAUACCACUUCAAUUUCGAAACUGACAUCGACAUCUUGCCAGUUAGCCACUCACUCUCGGGAAACUUAACACUGAUGUACAUCUACGCCCAUCUAUCGGAAGACUUUACGGGAGACAAGGACGAGUUCCGCGAGGAUCUGAUACAGGGCCUUAUCAAAGCGCACAACGAUAAUCACUUAAUUAUUCAUUCUAUUUAUAUCGCCGAAGACGACGGGACCCUUGAGCCGUACGAAACCACUGGUCGCGCCGGAAUGUUAUUUACCUUCUUGAUUUUCAUAAUCCUCAUUAUUGCCUUGGUCUUUGCAGGAAAACGAUACAUAUUGCCUAGGAUAAAGCUUUUUGUCCGUCCUCAUCACAUUCCUGUCAACGGAGAGGAUAAUGAUGAAGAGCCAAUUGUUGAGCACGACGAAAUCGCUAACGUUUUUGGCUCACAACAAUAA